UGUCGCGAGUUUACAAGAUGAUGAUAUUAGCAGCUUGUAUAGUUGGUAUAUUUCUCAAAAUUGUCAGCUGAAUUAUUCCACUGCAUUCAGCAAAAAUUUUUCUUCAUGAAGUACCCCUCCGGAAUCAAAUCGAACUUUGCCAAAUGUAGCAAAUAAAACUAAUGUUUGAACGAAUUUAGGAAUGAAGACAGUGAACGCAAAGGUGUCUAUUCGUAAAAACCGAAUUGGUUUUAAAUGUUAUAAGGGAGAUCCCAGCAUGGGAUAGGCAAAGAUAUGACGAUAUCUAUUCUAUCAUCAUGAAUUUUGGCUCCUGGGAGCGAUUAAUUUAAAAUUACUCUGGAUCUUCUUACUGUCCACUCUAUAUGAUAAGAGCAGCUGGCCAAGGUUCAGUAGCCUUGCUGCAGGUAUAUCGACGUCUUAUUGAUGAGGAACUGUACAGUGGAGCCUUGCCUGCCAAAAAAUUGCUCAAAUACCUCGGUUACUGGCACCGAUCGAGAAGAAUGCGUGGAUAUUGGAACAGAAAAUAUAUUUUCGCCGACUUUACAAGCUUUGUUUAUCAUAGUACUUCUCGUUAUGAUGGCUUCAGCUGUGCUUGGAAACACUGUUGUAUGUUAUAUUGUAUGUAAAAAACCUGCUAUGCGCUCCUCUAUCAAUCUACUUCUUGCUAAUUUGGCAUUGGUUGACAUAUUGAUAGCUCUCUUCUGUAUGGGUGCAUCGUUUGUGACUUUGGCCGCCAACGACUGGGUGUUCGGCCACAUUUUAUGCAAAAUGAAUGCGUUUUGUCUGUCAUUCUUUGUGACCGAGUCGACGUAUAUCUUGCUGGCGAUAAGCUGGGACCGCUAUCUCAUUAUUGUAUGCCGGCAAGAAACGCUUACACCACGCAAGGCUAAGUUUGUAAUUGCACUGACGUGGGCAAUAUCAUUUCUUUUAUCAUUUCCACCCACAGUUGGAUGGGGAGAUUAUGUUUACAAACGGGGGCAUGUGAUAUGUGCUUUAAAUGAUGAUGCCUAUUCAUAUUCACUAUUUUUCUAUACUCUGACCAUUGUUAUACCUCUUCUUGUCAUGGGAUUUGUUUACCACAGAAUUCUGUGUACAGUUCGCAAAAAUUCCACGAAAAUUGUCAACCAUCCCCCCGUUUCUGGAGCUCAAACACGGAUUCACAAAUCUGGCAAAAUGAGCAUCAAUUAUGGUUUCAAGACCCGAGCAUUCCUAACCAUUUUAAUUCUCUUUGUUGGCUACAUUAUAUGCUUUCUGCCAUACCUUGUUGCUCGGUUAGAUGCAGCAACUGGUCGGCAUUUAAAAUUGACUACUUUAACAGAGGUUGUUAUCAUUUUCAUUUGCUAUCUUAACAGUGCCAUCAAUCCUUUGGUCUAUUAUACUCGUAUCAGCAAAUUUAGAGAGGCUUGUAGGGAUAUUGUGCCCAGUUGGUGUUGCAGUUCAAUGCCGUGCACGCCCAAGAGACCAAGAAGGCGAAUUUUUCCACAUGUUAUAUAUGAAGUUGGAGACAGCAAUGAAAGAUCAAUAUCCUUUAAUGGAAGCUCUUUGGGAGUAUUUAAUUAAUGUUUGAACGCUUUAUUGAAUGCAUUAUUUAACAGUAUCAGUGCAUUUAUUAUAAGUCAAGCCAUGGUAAGGAGGCUACUACUAACUGCUACUAACAUGGUUUUACUUACAAUUAUAGAAUGAUUAUAGACCGUAUAUUGAGAUAAAUAUACUGUAUUAAAUAUUAUAUUUAAACAA